CUCUUUUACCUAAUCCUCCACCCGAACGCCCACACCUCGGAAUUCCUGUUGUCCUUACAUAAGCCUGUCCUUUUCUCUUUGAAUCAUCUUUUCUUUUCGUCUCAAGAAGCACAAAUAAAUAGUUUUCAAGUCGGAGUCGUCAUCGUGGAACCCCACUAACUACCCCACCAUCUAUUCUUAUUCACGCUUUCACACAUCGAACAUCUAUUUAUACAGGAUCGCAAGCUCUUUCAACAUGACAACUACUUCCAUGAUUCAACCAAAAUUCCUAACGAAAGGCGACCAGCUGGGCGUCGUCGCUGUUGGCUUUUCUGGCGGUCAAUGCAAACCAGGAGUCGAUGCCGCACCCUCAGCAUUGAUUUCCAGCGGUCUUCUCACCCAGCUACGAGAGGAUCUAGGAUACAAACUUUAUCACGAUGAUACCGUCCACUCGUACAAAGAGCUCCUCCCUGCAUCCGACCCCGAUUAUCGCGGAAUGAAGAACCCUCUCGCGGUCUCUGCUGUUACGCGCAAGCUCUGCGAUCAAGUCUACACCCAUGCGAAGGAAGGCAGAUGCGUCCUGACACUGGGUGGCGAUCAUUCUAUUGCCAUUGGCACGAUUGCGGGCACUGCGAAGGCGAUUAGAGAGAGAUUGCAUCGCGAGAUGGCUGUCAUUUGGGUGGAUGCUCACACGGAUAUCAAUACGCCUGAGACGAGCGAGAGCGGCAAUGUGCAUGGUAUGCCAGUUGCCUUCUUGACGGGUCUGGCGAAGGAGAGCAGAGAGGAUGUGUUUGGUUGGUUGAAGGAGGAGAAUAUGAUCAGUCUGAAGAAGUUGGUCUAUAUUGGCUUGAGGGAUGUGGAUAGAGGAGAGAAGUUGAUUCUGAGAGAGCAUGGUAUCAAGGCAUUUAGUAUGCAUGAUAUUGAUAGACAUGGAAUUGGCCGAGUCAUGGAGAUGGCUCUUGGACAUAUUGGAAACGACACACCCAUCCAUCUAUCCUUCGAUGUCGACGCAUUAGAUCCCAUGUGGGCUCCUAGUACUGGAACUCCCGUUCGAGGUGGUCUUACCCUUCGAGAAGGAGACUUCAUUGCUGAAUGCGUACAUGAGACUGGUUGUCUGGUGGCAAUGGAUCUGGUAGAGGUCAAUCCUACCUUGGAGCCGGGAAUUGAUGAUAUUGGAGCUCACCAGACGGUGCGAUCUGGUUGUUCGUUGGUGAGAUGUGCAUUGGGAGAAUCUCUAUUGUGAUUUGGAUGAUACCAGGGACACGGACAUAGGAUAGAUUUGCGUUGAUUUUGCACUGAUUUUACGUCUAUUUUGCGCUGAUUCUUCGACGGAUUUAGGGUAGUAUAAUAACUAUUCAUUUCUGAUCUCUGAUUGAGAUGCUGUGUAUUGUGUUCUCCUGGCGCGAGGGCAUUUUGAUGGCGCUGGAACAGUUUCCCUCUCCAAAGUGCGAUAAUUCACAAGCAGAACC